AUGGCGAGUAUUCGAAGUGAUCAAGAAAAAAGACGAAGGGCCAGAGCCAGGGUCCCCAUAUCAUGCUACAUGUGUAGAAGGCGCAAAACAAAAUGCGAUAAAAACAAGCCUUUUUGCAAUAGUUGUAUCACUUUUGGAAAUACCGAUUUAUGUACUUAUGAGAAGCAUCCAUGGAUGUCAAUGGACCACGAUCUGGAAACCCAGAAAGAACUCGACGAGCUACGUGACAAGGUGAGGACAUUAGAACAAAUCGUGGAAAUGCAACAGCAACAAUUGAACGUUUCUUCAUUCAGUUCAGACAAUACUUUGGUCAAUGAUCAACCGGAAAAAGAUGAUAUAACACUCGAAUUAAGCAAGGCAUUUGAUGGUCUCACAGUGAAGAAUUCGAUCCUCUUCUAUUUUGGCCCCACUUCGCACACAUCUAUCUUUAUGAAUGACACUUAUUCCAAAACAAUGUUCGAGGACUAUACGAGAGAACAAUUACAAGGCUACAGAGAACAAUAUGAGAUUCCCUGCCCCAGAAAACUAUGCUCCGAUAGUGGAAAGCCCCCGGAUGCGUCUAAAGUUGUCUCUGAUUUACCUUCAUUAAACAUUGUCAUGUUUCUUUUGGAUCGUUUUUUCGAGAUAUGCUAUCCUUUUGCUCCAUUCAUAAACAAGUCUUCUUUCAUGGAGGAGGUAAAGAUAGCACUCGUUCAAAGGGGAGGCCACACAGUACUUACACUGGAAGGCAGACUGUUUCAAAGUACAAUUGCUUUGGUCUUGAUCAUGAUGAGGUUCGCUUAUCUCACGCUUCCUUUUAAACGAUACUAUUCCAACAAUCUUCAAGGGAAUAUCCACCAAAUGAUGAAAGAGAUGAUAGGGCUGCUGAUUGAAAUCCGACCCUCAUAUAUCAGUCGAGCCAAUAUCCUCGUGUUCGCUGCUGGAUGCUUUAACAAAUUAACUCUCAGAGCAAUUCAGGCUGCCCUCCUAUUACGAACAUACAGACUGUACUGCCCUGAAUCAAACGAAUCAGGAACUGAGUCUAGUAUUUUGACAGGGUCUCUAGUACAGAUGGCGAGAAUUCAUGGAAUUCAUAGGGAUCCUAAAUCAUACGAGUGUAGCAUUGUUGAUGAGGAAACAAAACAUUUGUGGAGCAAGAUAUGGGCUCAACUAGUGUUCAUGGAUGCAUCACAAACAUUCAAUUUGGGAGGUCAAUUAAUAAUUCAUGAAGAGGACAACUUCCCAUUUUUGGACACACCAAAUUUUUCAGUCGUCGAAGAACAGCCACUUAUUCUAAGGAACUUUGCAUUGAAAGCUCAGGUAUCCCAAAUCAUAAGAAAACUUAUUAAAGCAACGGGAAAAGGUGACUCCACCAAAAGGUCAUCACUUUUAGAACUGGCCAACGAGAUCAAGCUUCUAUUGUGUAACAAAAUCCGAAUGUUCGACCAACUAUAUCAUGUUGAAGACGUGGUAGAUAACAAUGCUUGUGAUCGAGCGCUUGAAUUCUGCUUACGGUUAGAUUUAACCUACAAGAUCUUCAUCAUCAAUUUUUUACUCUACGCUUCUGCUGAUGAUUUCCUUGAGUCACAUUUGAAGGAAAUGUAUUUCACUACUGUGAUUGAAAAUUGUCUUAUUAUUCUCAGGAUAGGACUUGCAUUCUGUGACACACCAUGUUCAUUUUUCGGCCCUCAAUUGGAAAAGUUGAUUGCACAAAGUAUAUUUCUAUCAUUGUAUCGAACCAUGGUAUUUACAAGUUCGAUAAUUUUACGAUCCAUGGAUGGAACACUUUCGUUGAACAGUGCAAUGAAAAAUUUCAGAUCUCCUGACUCUUCCGGGCUUGUUACAUGGUUGGACAUUGAUUUUGAUAACGAACAAGUUGGACUUCGCAAUUUGCUUAAAAAGUUACAGCAUCUUCACGACUCUAGUAAAGAAUUGGCUUCUACAUAUUUUACAGGCUACAGUGUUUCCUGGGGUAUGAAACACGUAUUGAAUUAUUUCCGAGCCCACUACCCCAUCCUAAUGGAUGUUAAUGACCAACUGGUUUUGCCUGAUCAAUUCAAUGAUGUAUUUUUCAAUCUUGAAGAAAUGUGGAGAAACGAAACUAUGAUUAACUUUGACAAUGUUUUCGCAAGUUUAGAUUCCGAAAUUCACGACUUGGAAUAA